AUGGCGGACCCUGCCCACUCCAAAGACACUCCGGGCCUGUCCCACCAUCUCCAUGGCGUUUUAACCGAGUUACGUCGUCGGCCGUACCCGCAUGUCCCCAACCCACCGGGCUGUAAGAAGCGCGCCUCCGUCGCCUUGAUCCUACGAGUGAAGCCGACUUACGAUCACUGGCCGAGCUCGGAUACUAUCACCAAUGAUCCAUCUUUGUCCGUUGAGGAACAGUUGCAGAAUUUCUUCGCUCAGUCGUGGGUCGAACAUGGAGACCCGGAGGUGUUAUUCAUCAAGCGUGCCUCGCGCGAGGGAGAUCGCUGGACCGGACAUGUUGCGCUUCCAGGUGGAAAGAGGGACCCCGAAGAUGCGGAUGAUCGAGCGGCAGCGGUUAGGGAGGCGUCAGAGGAAAUUGGUUUCGACUUGACGACGGACGAUGUGAUCAAUGUCGGCAACCUUCCUGAGCGAGUAGUGACUACAAGCUGGGGAUCGGAGCCACUCAUGGUCCUUUGUCCGUUUGUUUUCCUGACCACUCGCACCGACUGCCCAACCUUGAAACUCCAGCCCACCGAGGUAGCUUCGACGCAUUGGAUCCCGCUUCGAGCUCUCCUCUCUCCUUCCCUCCGAACGGUUGAAUAUGUGGACAUGUCACAGCGCUUCGCUCGACAAGGCGGGUAUCUGAAGCGUCUGGCUGUUCGAUCUUUGAUGGGCUGGAUGCAAUUCUCGGCCGUUCGACUACUCCCCUCAGAAACCCAGCAAUGUACCUCGGUACCUGGCUUUGUGCCCGACGACACAACAAAGCAAAAAUCAUUAAUAUCGCGGUUCAAAGCUUGGACACUGAGCAAUCAGGCAGAUUCGGGCGAUGUAACCCGCCCUCUGUUACUAUGGGGCCUGACACUUGGAGUCUUGGCCGAUUUCUUGGAUAUGCUCCCUCCUCACUCUGCGGUAGAGCUAUGGAAGUGGCCCACAUUCACAGCGCCAGACCUCCGACUGAUCGUGAGUAUCCUGACAUAUAACCUUCGAAAGCGCAAUAAGCAACAAGUGAAAUUGGGUGCUCGGCCGACAGACACUGCUGCAGACAGCGAGACCGCCGCGCUGCCCGUGACCCCGAGUGCAGAGGGCCAUGAUCACAAUGAAGUAGGAAUUGGUGGCCUGGGUGUUGGCCGGUACUAUGGUCCUGGUGACCGCACCGCUGAUGGAACCUCGUAUGCCGUGGGCAUCAUGUUGCGAGGAUACUAUCAACGGUUGCGGGUUGCCAUCUGGGUAUUCCUUGCAUGGCGCGCGGCUCUUGGCUCGGCGGCAGCUUUUACAGUCUGGCGGUUCCUUCGACGAAGACUCCAAUAA